CCCAAGUGCUCGAAAACCUGGAGUCCAGUAAGUAAAUUGUGGCAUUCUGAUGAGUUUUGUCAUGAAAAAGAAAACGAAUAACCGGCUUCUGGUGGCGCUGGGAUGCAUCUUACUGGCUUUUAUGAUGUCGCUUUUAUACAUCAACAUAUCGCAGUUCUCAGGUGAAGUCUACUGGAGAAACAUUGGCAAAAACCUUUACAAGCUGGAUGUAUCUUGGCCAAAAUUUCCAGGAAAGUUUACAGGAAACGUUUUUGGUGUGGCUGUUAACGAUGUUACUGGAUUGAUAUACGUAGCCCAGCGAGGUGAUAAUAUUCCAAAGGUUUUAGUGUUCAACCGAGAUGGCUAUUUUGUUGAAGCAUGGAAUACAUCCACCAUAGAAAUGCCUCAUGGCAUAUUUGUAGCUAAUGCCUCCACUGAGCCAUCUAUAUGGAUAACAGAUGUUGGACAAGGACCAUAUGGCCACACUAUAAAGCAGUAUACCACCUCUGGAAAACUAAUACGUAUCCUUGGAUCUCCGGGAGAAGCAGGAUCAAGUGUGACCCCCCUCCAGUUUGACCAGCCAGCAGAAAUAUUUGUUCAUAGUUCUGGAGACAUCUACAUUGUAGAUGGUGAUGGAGGUUUAAACAACAGACUUAUUAAACUUUCAAAAGAUUUUGAAGUAAUCUGGAUGCAUGGAGGGAAAGGAAUUGGCCAGGGUCAGUUCAAUAUACCUCACAGUGUGGCAGUGGAUAAGUAUGACAGAGUGUGGGUUGCUGACAGGGAAAAUAAAAGAAUACAAGUCUUCAGUGCUGUCUCUGGAGAAUGGCUGGGAACUUGGAGUAGCUGCUUCCACGAGGGUGGUCCAUACUCUGUCAGGUUCACUUCAGACCAGAAAUAUAUCAUUAUCGCCCAGCUCAAUAUCAAUCAAAUAAUGCUGCUGAAGGCACCACCUGUUGGAGCAAUUGGAUUGUGCAAUAUAAUAAGCUUGAUCAAGAUGGCAAAUGGCAUCAAGCCGCACCUUGUUGACAUUGAUGUCAACACUCAAGAUUUCUAUGUUGCAGAAAUUGGAGCACAACAAGCACAAAAAUUUGUACCAUAUUUCUGGGGGUUCAUUUUUGACAUUUUUAUAUGAUUGAUCCAGAAGGUGUUUUUUUGUUUUAUGUUCUCUUCUGAUUACAUUCAUUCAUUCGGUGAGGCUGGCUAUGCAUUAUGGUUUUUCAACUCCUUGUCAGCAAUGUAAAUACUGGCGAAAACAGCAUAGCCAUCUGCUUCUUGUGUGUAGGGAAAGCAUGCAUCUUUACUGUCUGUGAAACUGCAAUGGUUUUUUUCUAGACGUGUACAUCUGUAAAUACUGUCUGAUCAAAACAAAAAAGAAAACAAAAAAGAG